CACCAAAGCUAUUUUGGUGACUUUAACAUCACAGCUACAGUGAUUUACAACUAAAAUUCAAUUUCGUGAGAUCGUGAGAUUUUAAAAUCCUGCCGAUUGGUAACUAUUUUCAACGAAGUUUAUGAUCGUGUGAAAACAAUGUCCAUAUCCCAAGUGAAAACACUGGUGGAGAACUAUUCGAAAGUGUGCCGGUUUUGUUUGAAUAUGAAUGCGGCCAAUUUGGCGCCCCUCUUCGAUAGAAUGGCCGGAAAAAUGGACAUCAUCACAAUCAACGCUACUAUCCGGGGUGUUCUCACUACGCUGGGGAUUCAGAUUGCGCAGAAUGAUCCGUACCCGAAUCGAAUUUGCGACAGCUGUCGAGAUUUGCUGCAUUCCAUUCAACAUUUCCAGGAAACGGUUAAGAAGUCCGUCCAACUGCUGGAUCAGGCCCGGUUGCUGAAAGAGUUUCCCAAUGCCAAAUUUGACGAUGAUCCAGUUGCAAUGGUGGUUAAAGAAGACUACGAAAUCGAAGAACCUGUCCUGGAAGUGGCAUACGAGGAACUGGUCGAGUCACAGCAAGAAGAACCGGAAGUGGUUGAAGAUGUAAAACCGAGUUCACCUGAACAGCCAGAAUCGCCGCCACAAAGUGAAAACGCUGAUGCGAAAACUGAGCCGGAAUAUACGGAUAUGGAAUGGGUGGUUCUGGAUGAAGGCGAGGCGGAAUCUCAUCAGGAAGAGGUUUACGUGGAUGAGGAGUAUAUCGUGGAAGAAGAGGAACAAAUUUCGGUGGUUUCCGAGGCGACGCCGACUCGACAGGAAACCCCCGAAGAAGAAAUAUCAGCUGAGAAAAGUAUAAAAGAACCAUACGUUAAGAGUCCCAGGAUGUGUCCAAUCUGUGGAACGACUUCCACGGCCAUGAAGGUCCACAUGAGGACGCAUACCAAGGUUCGACCUUUUGCGUGCGACAGGUGCGAAAAGAAGUUCUAUACCAACGCCAAACUCCGAUCGCACGUCGAAUCCGUUCACAUAGGCGAGCGAAAGUAUUCCUGCGAAAUCUGCGGCAAAGCGUUCGUACUGAGAAAGACCCUCAACGCCCAUAUGCUUUCGCACGCCGCAGAAAAAGACUUCGUUUGUUCGGUGUGUUCCAAAGGGUUUCUAUUCCGGUGGGCCUUAGUGAAGCACGAAAGGGUCCACACGGGAGAGCGUCCGUAUGUGUGCGAUCUGGAUGGCUGUGGGAAGCGAUUUGCCACAUCGUCCAAUUUGAAGCAGCAUCAGAAAACCAAUACCCAUUGGAAGAAUCCGCGAGACGACGUGUGCCAGCAUUGUAAUAAGUCGUUCCAGAAUAAAUACGCCCUGAGGGCACAUCUCAAGACUCACGAUGUGAAAGCUGGCAUUACGAGUGAAACCAAGGAUUAGGUGGCUCUGUAUUAUUGAUAAUAGAAAGCUAUUCAAAUUGA